AUGAAGCUGCUGCUACUUCUGGUUGUGCUGGGUUUGGAGCUGACCCUAGUCUGUGUCCAUGCAGAAGCAAAAACUAGUCUCAUUGGAAAGAACUUUAAUCCACAAAAGAUUCAGGGAAAAUGGCAUUCCAUUCUUUUGGCCUCUGACAAAAGAGAAAUGAUAGAGGAACAUGGAAGCAUGAGAGAUUUUGUAGAGUACAUUCAUCUCCUCAAUAACUCUUCCUUAGCUCUUAAAUUACAUACCAUUGUCGACGGAGAGUGCACAGAGCUGUAUUUAGUAUGUGACAAAACAGAAGAAGAUGGUGUAUAUAUCAUAUAUAACGGAUAUAAUAGAUUUACUGUACUUGAUACAGACUAUGCUGAUUAUAUUAUAACUCAUCUCAGACAUAUCAAGAAUGGGGAAACAUUCCAGUUGAUGAAGCUCUACAGUAGAAAACCAAAGUUGAGUUCAAACAUCAAGAAAAAUUUCGGGAUCCAUGCAAGAAGCAGGGAAUUUUUAAGGAAAAUAUAUUAG